GGUGGCGGGGCGGGGGAGUCGCGGAGCUCGCUGCGAGCCGGCGGAGUGCCGCUGCCCGCUGUACUAUGCCUGUGUCUUGUGUUACAGCCAUGCUGCACAUCGGCGGCCAGAGCGAGGGGCGCGGGGAGGAAAAGGCUGUUUACACAGACUGCAAACCGCCCGGGGAAUAGUGCGGGAGAGGAAGUGAGCCGGGCCGCUGUCUGACUGCCCCGGCUUCCUGCUCGCUCCCUUCACGGGCAGGCUCACACACACACACACACAUACACACACGCACCGGCCCAGGGGAAAAAAAAAAAAAAAAAAAAAAAAGGAAAAAGGGAAAACAAAAUCAGGAUCUCAUUACUAGAGCAACAGAGAGCCUGCAGAAGACUGUCAGCAUGGAGAACCAGGGGAUUUUACUCAGCUCCCUCUAGACUUCCAGGAGAAAGGGAAAAGUCCCUCAGCCGCUGGGUAUGGAGAGUGCAAUCACACUGUGGCAGUUCCUUUUGCAGUUGCUGCUAGACCAGAAACACGAACACCUCAUUUGCUGGACGUCUAAUGAUGGAGAAUUCAAGCUGCUCAAGGCAGAAGAAGUGGCUAAGCUGUGGGGACUCAGAAAAAACAAAACUAAUAUGAAUUAUGACAAGCUGAGCCGGGCGCUCAGAUACUAUUAUGACAAGAACAUCAUCAAGAAAGUGAUUGGACAAAAAUUUGUGUACAAGUUUGUCUCCUUUCCUGAAAUUUUAAAAAUGGAUCCACAUGCUGUGGAAAUCAGCAGAGAGAGCCUUUUGCUGCAGGACAGCGACUGUAAGAUGCCUUUGGAGAGCAGGGAUCAGCACAAGCACAGCUUGUCAGCACUGAAAAGCACAAGCCGUAAUGAAUAUAUCCACUCUGGCCUGUACUCCUCUUUCACUAUCAACUCUCUGCAGAACCAGCCAGACCCUUACAAGACAAUCAAAACAGAAAAACUGGAGAAGUCAGAAGGAAACACACCAGUUGAAGAAGUCCGGACUGUUAUCAGAUUUGUGACAAACAAAACAGACAAACAAGUUACGAGGCCCAUGGUGUCGUUGCCUUCUACUUCUGAAACAGCAGCUGCCUCUGCUUUCCUCAACUCUUCAGUAUCAGCUAAAAUAUCUUCCUUAAUGCUACCCAACAGUGCCAGCAUUUCAUCUCCAUCAUCAUCCUCCUCCAGGUCACCAUCUCUGUCUCCCACCUCACCCCUCCCUGCAGAACACAGGAGCUUCUUCCUUGACUCCAGUUGCCACGACUCAGAUUCCCUUGAGCCUCUGAACCUCUCCUCAGGCUCCAAGGCCAAAUCCCCAUCUCUUCCCCCAAAGGCUAAAAAACCCAAAGGCUUGGAAAUCUCUGCCCCACCUAUGAUUCUCUCCAGCACCGACAUCGGUUCCAUCGCCCUCAACAGCCCCGCGCUUCCUUCGGGAUCCCUGACUCCAGCUUUCUUCACUGCACAGACCCCCAGUGGAUUAUUGCUGACCCCCAGCCCACUGCUGUCCAGCAUUCACUUCUGGAGCAGCCUUAGUCCUGUUGCUCCUCUGAGUCCUGCCAGGCUGCAGGGACCAAACACUCUGUUCCAGUUUCCAACUCUGCUAAAUGGUCACAUACCAGUGCCACUCCCCAGUCUGGACAGAGCCUCUUCACCAGUACUGCUUUCUCCAAAUGCUCAGAAAUCCUGAUGAUGCCUCACCACACCAAGGAUGUAUUGGUGGAUUUAACACUUCAUUCCUAUGGGCUAGUUUUUCCUGUGUCAUGAGAAGGACAUUGUGAAACCCUUUAUUACUUUGGUUUGCACUUUUCAUUACAUGGAUAAUCUACUUUUAUUAUGUUAGCAUUUUUCAACAGUGUUUAUAUAUAAAAAUAUAUAUAAAUCUGUUAUGCAUUAAAUGAAUUAUAAUUUUUUAUAUCAUAGCUCUCAAGUGUUGAACACUUCUGUUGUUGAUGAAGUACUUUUCUUAACGGAUCACAACAAUUUAUCUAUAGGGAUGUGAAGCUUCUUUUUAAUCCCUUUUUCCUGCAUAUUAUGCAUCGCGCUUGUGUAAACUAUAACCGGCUGUGCCUUCUUUUGCAUAAAGUCAUGUAAAUGAUUUAUAUAUUUUUUAGUAUUAAGAUAAAAAGUUGAAAGAAAAAAACUAGUACUGAACAGCCCUAUGGUAGUAUUUCAGUAUUUUCCCCACAAAUAGGCCAUAUGAUGCAGUGUAUUAAUGUAACUUUGUAUUAAGUGCUUUCAAAUUGUAUAAAAAUAGCCUUAUAAUUUUUCUUUGCCGAAGUGGAAAACGUAAUCCAUGUUCCAGCCAGGAGAUGUAGUUCAGAGUAACAAAGCCACAUUUACACAUUGAUGCCCAAAUUCUGACAAGCUGCAACAGGGAACUGGGCUGCGUAUGUUCAUGAGACGCUUCCAGCAUUUGAGAGUACUUCUGUAGAAAAGGAGACAUUGCUCAGAUUUUAUUUGGCCUAUACUUCUUAUGAACUGUCAAAAUUACAGCUGGAAAGAGUGCAGGUAAUCUCUGUCCUCCCAGGGAAUGAGGAUCAUUCCCAAUAAUUUCCAGGUGCUUUGUUCAGCUGUGCCAAGUGCCUUCUACUACUUCCCUGGAAAGACUAUUGUAGCUACUCAAGCUCCGCAGGUCACAUUUCCCCUUCCCCCAAAGCUGGAAAAGUUACAGGUCUGUAAACUGAUGCCUGGUGCUUGCAAGGAGGCAGAGAUGUACAUGUGGGAUGUUUAUGUAUAAACAGCUGAAUUCUGGAUGAAAAAACAGCACUGUGUUACUAUAUACUUGCAACUUGAAUUUACUGGGUAUGUCCUCUACCUUGAGGGGAUGGCUUAGUCAUCUAAAUGCCAGGUUAGGAUUAGGCCAGACUCCCUGGCACCACAGACUCUAAUCCUGGCAGGGCUGAUGCAAAUCUUCAGUUUCCUGAGGUGGCUAAAUUGGCUGGAAUGCAGCUUUACCGUGUCGGUUUUUCAGAUGAGACCUUAAAAGCCAACCCCAAAUCCGAUCCCUGUUUGUGACAGGUCAUUUCAACCUCAACUUUGCUUUCUGGCCAAGCAGCUGGCCACGGUCCGUUCUUUUUUGAAAUGUAUGCAGUGAGUUGUCUGCUGAUUUUCUGCUUGGAUGCAUUUCAGUGAUGAUGUGUGUAGUUAUUUGUAAAGUGCUUUUGGAUUCUUCAACCUGAAAGGUGCUAAAUAAACAUUUUAUUAAUGCA